CCCACUGAGAUCAUGCCCCCCCCCCCCCCCCGAGCUUCUCCUGCCUUUGCUUGGAACGUUCGACCAGGCUCCUCCGGUUUCCGCUUCCGGGCUUGUAAGGGACAUUUCCGUUUCCGCUUUCUUCACUCUUCGGGCUUCUGUUACCCUUAAAGGCAGGAGACUAGAGGUCUCCUAACUCAACAGUUUCUUGUACUCUGAUUAGUACUGACACCAGAUCGGGAUGAUUGAAGUGGUUUGCAAUGAUCGUCUGGGCAAGAAAGUGAGAGUCAAGUGCAACUCUGAUGACACCAUUCGGGACCUGAAAAAGCUCAUAGCUGCCCAGACUGGAACUCGGUGGGACAAGAUUGUGCUAAAGAAAUGGUACACAAUUUUCAAGGACCAUGUGUCACUGGCAGACUAUGAAAUCCAUGAUGGCAUGAACCUAGAACUAUACUAUCAGUAAUUUGUGGCAGAUUUCAUGUCUGCCAUGGUCUCUUUUCUUUUUUCUUCAUUUCUAAUUUCAUUGAAACUAUCAAUGGCUUGUUUAGUGGCAUGAAUUGUGGAUAGUAAUAUUUUUAUCCCUUAUGGCAAUAAACUAGAAGACAUGUAUUCAGACUGUGUGUUUUUUAAAAAUAUAAAUGUUUAUAAUAAAUGUGAUAUAACGA